ACCUCAGACAGCGAGCACCUGCCUACAGGAGUUCCUAUCACUACUGUAUCACUACUGCAAACGCUAAGCACGUGCCUGUACUGUGCUUCAUUUAUCACGACGACUUACUCGCGGGGAUAGGCAAUUAGGAUCCGCACCUUUACACUCCGGGCCAUUCAUUCAUGGCUCUUUGAUCUCCCAGUCGCUGUGUUUUAAUAGCGAAGACGAAAAAUGUCUCUACGUGCCGUAUCUCCAUUGUUUUUGUUCGGAUUUGUUAUAUUCUUUCAAUGUAUUGUUUCCACGGUGGAGGGAGGGGAGUGCUGUAGGGCCCACUACACCGAGUCGGAGAGUCAAGAAGCGGUGUGGUGCAGCGACUACUGUUGUUUUGACACACAACCAUACUGCUGCAAUGACCGUGCCAAGAGAGCGGGAGAGGGAAACAGAUCCAGUUUCUGCAGACAAUGGUUCUCAGCGCCAGAAAAUGUCUGGGCCCCGAUACUGAUCGCCAUCGCGAUCAUCUUUGUGCUGACAGGUUGCGGCCUAUGCUGUUGCUGCUGCCGAGGUCCGUGCUGUGUGAAGGACGAGGACCGGAAACGGCUGAUGAAGAAAUACGCCAUAUAGAAGAAGCCCGAGUGUUCACGAGCGUCUGUGUUUUCUUAAACAAUGUGUUGAACUAUCUCAUGUUUGUGUACAUUAUUUACAGAUCAUAUGUAAAAUUGUACUCAUUCUGGUAACCAUUGACGUUUGAUGAUGUGUAUUUUCAAUGGUGUAUACAGAAAUGUUCACAAAGACAGUAUGCGCAAUAUGAUAAUGUUUCACGGCAUAGGACACGAUCGAAAAUAUCUUUCAAUUCUCAGAACUGUAUAAAUUUAGGUAUUUACAUGUGUAUUUUAUUCUUCCAUUUUAGAUUUAAGUUUUAAUAAUAAGUGUUCAUACACCUGUACAAUUUGAAUUGUGUGCAUGUAAAUGUACUUCAUGUACCGUCACGUUGAUGGUUUGAGUGAAAUAAAUUGAAUUGAAUUG